CAUUUCCUUCUUUGUGGAAGGUGCUGUUUCAGGUGCUGCUUCAAGUGACUGAAGUUUUAGCUGUCACCAUGCUGCUGCUCUUGGCCUUGCAGCGUCAUGGUGGAUGCCUCCUCCAGAGCCGGGCCUUGGAAGAUCUGUGUGUCCAGCUAGCAUCACGGUUUUCUCUUUGAUGGCAGCAUCGUGCCUUAGGCCUGUUUUAUAGUGGAGGACACUGAGGUACGGAGAGCUUCGCCGCAGCGGAGGUAAGGGUGGGGUGAACCAGAGCCCUGAAGAUUUUGACUCUGCGUCUUUGGAGGAAGAGCAAGGCUUGGCUGGAAGUGGCCGAACUUGAACAGGGCGAAGGGAUGCCGGCAGCAGUAACGUGGUGGCUGAGGGGAGAUGUGGCACUCAGAGAUCCCGGUCCCCCCUGCCCCCGCUAAUUAUUAAGUACAAAGGGGGAAUGAUCAGUGUUCCAGCUGAUUACCAAGAUCUUGUCCAAUGCUCCUUCCUUACUGUCUUCCUCCCUUCCUCCUUCCAUCUUCCUCCUUGUCUUCCCCUUCUCUCCCCCUCUUUCCUUCCUUUGGAAAUUGGAGUGUGAUUGACAUACAGAAAGCUGUAUGUGUUUGAUGUGUGUAUCUUGAUGCUGGCCUGGGCCUUCUUCAGCCUCUUGGACAACAACGUUCUCAUUUGUUCCUGGGAGGAGGAAACACAGCAGAGCCGUGGUGCUCAGCCCAGUGGGUGGCUAGGAAAAAAAAAUGACAAGGACGUGAACGCCAGGAAUGGCAAGAUCAGCAAAGGUGCUGCUUUAAGGAGAACAGGGUGCAAGAAGGUCCAUGGAGGCCCCACAGGGCAGAAAGGGAGGGCUCUCAGAGACAGUGAGGGAAGAGGUUUUAGACAGAAAGCAGUUGGUGCAAGGACCCUGGGGUAGGAAAGAUGUUUGUAAAGGACUAGUAGCCAGGAGUGUUCUGUGAUUGGUCCAGGAACGACAGUUUGGAUGAGGUGGUAAAGUUGGGCAAAGACCAGAGGGCCAUGUGGGAGGCUGGAAUUUAUCCCUGGGAGCGUAUGAGGAUCAAGCACAUUAGUAGUGAAGUGUGGGUCUGCUAAGAAAACAUCGCCAUUGUCUCAUGUUAUAGCGGAGGACGCUGCAGCCCCAAACACAGCCUGGAUGUGUUUCCAUAGGUGGCGGAUCCUUAUGGAGACCAGGCAACGUGGCUGAGUGGUUUUACGGGAUUUGCCAGGAGUGUGUGCACUGUUAGGCCCUGAGGGCUGCUGACUGCCUGUUCCUCUGCUAUCCCAGCCAGGCCAAGCAGUGAGCUGACUGGCCAAGCCGAGCCCGGCAUCCAGCUGCCAACUUUGUGCCUGUAUCUGUCUCCUCGCCUCUGCCCUCGGGGUAUGUAACCGCCAUGCCCGUGGACACUCUGAGCCCUGCAGCCCCCGCCGCUCCUGCCCUACCUUUUCGCCUGCGAACCAAGGUCCCCAGCUACCUGCUACCAAGGCCAGCGGAUGGGGGAGCCCGGAAGCUGAGUGCCGUGGAACGCUUGGAGGCUGACAAGGCCAAGUAUGUCAAGAGCCUCCAUGUGGCCAACACCCGCCAGGAGCCUGUGCAACCCCCGCUGGCCCGACAGCCCCUCUUCAGCCCUGGUCCUAGGGGGCCAGUGCUCACUCCCAGCCGCCGAGUCUUGCCCUGUCCUGGUCGGCGGCCCCAAUUGGACAUUGACAUCCUUAGCAGUCUCAUCAACCUGUGUGAUAGUCCUGUGACCCCAGCUGAGGCCAGCCGAACUCCUGUACGGGCAGAAGGAUCUGCCCACAAGGUCCCACCAGCCACCCCUCCUCGUCCACCGCCUACUACGGUCGCUGUGCGCCGAGUGGAUGUUCGUCCCCUACCUGCUUCACCUGCUCGUCCUUGUCCAUCGCCUGGCACCACUGCCACCUCCAGCCCGGGUCGGCCACCUGGCCUGCAACGCUCCAAGUCGGACCUGAGCGAGCGCUUUUCCAGGGCAGCAGCCGACCUCGAGCGCUUUUUUAACUUCUGCGGCCUGGAUCCCGAGGAAGCACGAGGAUUGGGGGUGGCCCACCUAGCAAGGGCCAGCUCGGACAUCGUGUCUCUAGCCGGCCCGAGUGCUGGACCUUGCAGCUCCGAAGGGGGCUGUUCACGCCGCAGCUCUGCUACAGUGGAGGAGCGGGCCCUGGAGCGUGUCCCCUACGGGGUGUCUGUGAUUGAGCGCAAUGCCCGCGUGAUCAAGUGGCUGUAUGGGUUGCGGCAGGCACGGGACCCUCCGGCUACUGAGGGCUAGGUCUCCUGGACUCAGGCUUCCCGGAAGGACAUCGUGAAGAGGCAAUUGGCACCUUGUCCUUUCUUGUUUUCAUUGGCAGCUCCCUUGGUUGUACUUGGUGUAGAGGCCAAGACUUAGUCCUAGACCAGCAUCCUCUGGCAAGCAAGGACUGACCUACAGAGGCUUGCUGUUGCCCUUGGCCUCCCCUACCCCUAAACAAGGUUUGUGACAGUGUGCUUCUGCCUGGUUCCUCUGGUAAGGCUGGAUUUGGGCUGCUUCCCCUCCAAUGAGUUGGGAACCAAGUACUUUGCCAAGCCUGUCUGCCCCGAGGGGCCGUUUCCUCCUUCCUUCUCUGUCCUCCUUUGCUGACUUCCUCUUCCUUACCGAAUGGGCCCUGGCUUCCGGGGAACUCGCUCUGUGGAGGAGGUUGAGAGGUUGGGAUCUGUCUACUGCUCUUCCUGGUCUUUGGCAGGUGGUCUGGGCGGGUAAAACUAUCCCAGGAGGGACUGGCCAGGAGCUGCUGCUCAGACUUCUCUGUGGUUAAUAAACACAA